AUGUCAUCGGGUACUAUUCACUUCCCCGCCAUUCUAACCGUCACCUGUAAUCUGCGCAGGUGUGUCCAUCCCCCCCUGAGUGGACGAAAACAAAGGAUUUCUUGGAGCAACCCCUCUAGGUUCCAGACCCAGAAGUCAACCUUCCCGUAUGAGCAUUCGAUAGGUUGUCUGAGGGUUCGCCGCGGUUCUCUGUGCUUACACACUUGGCUACCCUUCUCCGAAAGCUUUGUGGGACCACCUACCACUAGUCUUCGGUCGGAGGGUUUAUUGUACAAAAACGCCGGGACAUAGGCUCCCAAGGGGGAAGCCCAAUGAAUGUCAGAUGCAAAGCCCGCCACCUCAUUAAGAUCAUGGCAUACUCUCCCCCAAAAAAAAAAAAAAAAAAAAAAAAAAGCAGACCCCAUUGAAAUGAGUAGGUACAACAAGGCCAUUUCUGUCCACCGCCCUUCUCGAACCGUACGUGGACGUUACCGCUCAACUCUCCUAGCCAGCAAGCAGUUAGCCUUCCUCUACAAGGAGGAAGUUCUCGUUUCGGGAGAUCUUGAACGUGCCCGUCGGUUGAAUGCGCAUACAAAUAGGGUCACUAUUCCCCUACUACUAAUAAGGGCAGAGUGGAUUCUAGAUUAUAUCAGUCGGGUAGGCUGGACUGGGGUUCUGGGAAAAUCUCUACGAAUUCUUCUUUUCAGAGACAUCCCUGGGUUUAGUGAUGUCUCCGACAGCCUUGCUGGAUCUCCAGAUCGAAUAAUUGGUUUACAAGACGCUCUUAGGGGUCUGGUCUUGUCUUCUCGGAUUCCAGCUUUUGACUUUCUUAUAAAAAGCUUUGACCUACUCCCUAAGCAGAGAUGUAUUGCUGAUAUAGGUUGUGGGGUCAUGUAA